AUGGCCGCGCCCGACGCCCAGCAAUACGUCGCGCAGUUCGAGCAGUGCGUGGCGGCGUUGCAGACGGGCGCGAACGCGGCGCAGGCCACGAAGACGCUCCUGGCGCUGCGCGAGGACCCGCGCUGCCUCGAGAUCGCCCAGUGCGUGCUCGCCGGUUCCGCGAGCCGCGAGGCCCAGUUCCACGCGCUGACGCUCUUCCGCGAGGGCGCGCUGCAGCGCUGGGCGUCGCUCGGCGCACCGCAGCGGUCCGGAGCCGCGGGCCUCGCGCUCGACUUCGCCGCGCGCCUCGACCCGGGCGCGGAGCCCUUCGUGUCCGCGGCGGCGCUGCGCGCCUUCGCGGCGCUCUGGGCGCGCGGCUUCGCCGACGCCGCGCGGGGCCCGAAGGAGGCCACGCGCGCGCUCGCGCGCGACGUGCUCGCGAAGGUCAAGGCGGCCGCGGGCGACCGCGGCGACGUGCUCUGCAACGCGCUCGGCGCGCUCGUGCAGCAGUUCUCGGGCCUUGAAAACACGCUCGGCGUCGCCAAGGGGCUGCGCGACGCCGCGCGGCAGCGCGUCGAGACGCAGGCGCUCUUCGACGUCGCGAAGAUCGCCUUCGGCGCGUUACGCGCGUGCGCGGCCGCGCCCGGCGACGUGCCGCGCGACGCCGCGGCGGCGGCGGAGCUCGCGGAGCAGGUGCUCGGCUGGGACUUUAGCGGCGCCGGCGACGCGCUGACGGCGCGCGUCGCGCCGCCGGCGCCCUGGAAGGCGCUCCUCGCCGACGGCGGCGCCUUGGACGCGUGCGCCGCUUUAAUCGAGCGGUGCCCGCCGGGCCACGCGGCGCGGCGCCCCGCGCGCGCCGCGGCGACGCUCCUGGCCUCGGCGCAGGGCGAGGCCGUCGUCGCCAACGAGGCCGCGUACCGGCGGAGCGCCGCGGCGUGCGCGACGCGCGUCGCCGCGUCAGCGGCGGCGCACGCGGCGGCCGCGAGAACGUUCGACGACGCCGUCGCGGAGCUCCGGAGCGCCGCGGAUUUGGUGUCCGCGGUCUUCGGCGCCGCCGGCGGCGCGUCCCAGGUCGCGGCGGACGUGUUGGGGCCCUUGCUCGAGGCGUCGGCGCGGAACUGCGACUGGGUCGCGAGCCGCUGCGUCGAGCGCGCGGCCGCGGCGACGGCCGCCGUCGUCGACGCCGCGCGACAGCGAACCAACCACGGCCUCGUCGCCCGCGCGGCGGCGGCGGCCGACGACGCCGACGCGGCCCUGGACGAGGGCCUCGCGCCGCUCUUGGAGGCGUGGGCGCUCGUCGCGGGCGACGAGGCGGUCGUCCUCUACGACGCCGCGGCCGCCGAGGGCUCGAACGCGCGGCCCCCCUGGCUCCACGCCGUCGUCGCCGAGGUCGGCGCGUCGGUCUUCGGCCGCUACGCGCGGUGCCGCGUGGAGGCCGCGCGCGCGCAGGCCGCCGCGGGCGUCUUGGGAGAGCUCGAGGAGGACGCGUCGGCCGACGACGUCGCCGCGGGCGACGCGCGCGAGCGGCUCGAGACGGCCGCCGCCGUCGGCCGGCGCCACGUCGCCGCGUCCUGCCGGGCUUUAGACGAAUUGCUGACGACGGCGCUCGAGCGCGUCGGGGCCCUGGGUGCCGCGACGGACGCGUUGGAAGUCGACGCGACGCUCGAGGAAGUUGUGGUAUUAGCGGACCUCGCGGGCGCCCUGCUCGCGGACGACGACAGCAGCGGCGAGACCGUCGCCGUGCCGCUAGCCAUCGCGGCGGCGGCGCGGCGCGACGGCGACGCCGCGGGCGCCGCCGCGGCUUUGCUGCACAAGGUGCUCUCGUUGGUGCAAACGGACGUUCGGCGGCCGUCGUCGCCGGCCGUCGCGGCGUGCCUCGCCGCGUUCCUGGCGCGCCUGCUCGCGGCCUACGCGCGCGCGCCCGACGCGCCGCCGGGGCCCCUCGGCGACUUCGCCGCCGCGGCGCCCCAAGUCGUCGCGGGCGCGCUGGGCGCCGCGGCGGCGUGGCUGGCCGCGUGGCGCGCGGAGCCGGCCGUCGUCGCCGGCUGCGCGCGGCUCAUUACGGUGGCGGCGACGGCGCGGCGCGGCGCGCUCGCCGGCGACGCGGCCGCGGCGGACGCGACGCUGCCGCUGCUGGAGGCGCACGGCGCGGCGUUGAUCGGCGACGCGACGCCGCUCGCCGCGGGGUUUCGCCGCGCGCCGCCGGCGCUGCGCGCGGACGUGGCGCGGGCCUGCGGCGACCUCGCGCUCGCGCUCGACGCUUUAGGCGCGCGCCACUUUGAAGCGCUGGGCGGAGCCGUGGCGCGCGCGCUCGCGGACGCGCUGCGCGCGGACGACGGCGACGGCGCGGACGCCGCGCUGCGCUGCUACGCGGGGCUCGGCGGCGCGAGCGCGGCCCAGGGCUUCGACGGCGCCGGCGCCGCGGCCGCGCGGCGGCUCCCGGGCGACGCCGUCGCGGCGAUGGUCGACCCGCUGCUCCGCGACCUGGAGGCGCGGCCGCGGCGGCCGCUCGCGUCCGCGGCGCUCGCCGCGGUGGGCGCGACGCUGGCCGCGCAGCUGCCCUACGCGUCGCCGGACGCGCGGCGCGCCCUCUUCGCCGCCGCGCCGCGGGCCAUGGCGCUCUGCGCGGCGGACCGCUUCGGGUUAAGAGGCGACGCGGACGCCGCGCACGACGACCUCGACGAGGCGCUCCGGGUCGUCGACGCGCUCGUCUCCGACGACCUGUUCGGCGACGACGACGGCGCCGACGCCGUCGGCGCGGGGCUGGCGUGCCUCGGGUUCCUCGUGCCGAACCUGGACGCGGACCUGCUCUGCCGGCGCGCGGACGCCGCGCGGAAAUUCUACGGGUCGGUCGCCGCGGCCGUCGACGCGGCGCCGGAGCGCGUCGCGGGCCACGCGUCGCUCGGCGCCGUCGUCCCGGCGCUCCACUUCGGCUACGGCCUCCCGGACGCCGUCGCCGCGCGCGCGGCGCUCUCGUCGACGCGCGGCCUCGCGGCCUACUACGCGGCGCUCGACGGCGCCGCGCGCGGCGCGGCCGCGGAGACCUGGCUCGCCUGCGCCGGCGCGCUCCUGCGGCCGCUCCUCGCCCACGCGGGCGCCGUCUGGGACCGCGCGGACGACGCCGCGGACGCGCUCUUGGCGCUCUUCGCGGCCGCGGACGGCGCGGCGCCCGCGGCCGUCGCCGCGGCCGUCGCGCCCGCGGACGGCGCGGCGGCGGCGCAGCUCGGCGAGGACGUCGCGGCCCUCGCGGCCCACGCCGCGCAGCUGCUGCGGAGCGCGGGCGCGCCGAGCCUCGCGGCCGCGCUCCGCCGGCGCGAGACGCGGCGGCUCUGGCGGGACGCGUUCGCCGCGUUCCUGACCAAGGCGCGGGGGUACCUGAUUCAAUCGUGA